AUGUCUGAAGAGGCUUCUUUUGAUUCUUCUGAUAAUUCAAAAGUUUGUAGUGAUGUUAGAUGUGAUGAGGAUACUAAUGAAAAAUCUACCUUAAGUCCAGAUAAUGGAAAGAUUAACCAAAUUAAAGACAAUGGUAAUAAAAAAUGUGCUAUUGAAAUUGUUAAAACUAUUCCCAAUAAUACGACUCCUGAAUCAAAUCCAAUAAUAUUUCAAAGUAAAAUUUUAGAAUAUGAAAGAUUAUUUUCAAAUCGUUAUACUGAUGAGAAUGCUGAAUAUAUGCAUGAGUUUAACAAAGGUAUCACUGACCCCUACAUUAGUUAUAACUAUGGAAAAAAGCGCUUUAAUCGGGAUAACAGGAGUCGUCAGGAGUAUGGCAAUAAUAGAAAUUAUAGUAAUGGUAGAAGAAAUAAUGAUGGGCGUCGUUAUGAUAAUAAUGAAAGAAGAUAUAACAGAGACCAAAAUUACAAAUAUGAUCGCAGAUAA